AUUAGGAAUUGCCUCCCCCUGUGGCUAAGUGUCCAUCCCAACCUGUUAUGAAUGUGCAGUCAAAGAAUCCUCCCUCCUUCCUCAUCUCAGAAACCCGCUAAGGAGUCUCACGUCGGAUUACACCAUGUAGUGUAAACUUCAAGACAUCACUCCACACAUCGUCUCUUUGCGAAUUAGUGGCCUGAGGAGAGUUCUCCACGACGUUACAGAAGCAGCCUAGUACAUGCAGUCUCCGGUCAGGGCAGUAGAGUAUUGUGAUCUUUCAAAGCCUGGCCAUGUUCGCUCUUCAUCUCCUGACUUUACUCGUUAUAACUUUGGUCAAGGCUCAACAGCAGCAGUUGCUCCUGCCCGGUUCUUGUAGCUUCGAGUUCAGCACUUGUGGAUACACAUCGGAUCCUAAAUAUGCAACAUGGACAGUCAACGAAGAAGGGCGCUUCAUCGCUGCCGACGCGGCCCUCAUGGACUCGAAGGACAAGGCGGUCCUGCUGAGUCCAGAGCUGGAGCUGCUGGACUGGAGCUGUCUGAGGAUGGUGUACCAGAUCACAGGGAAGGGCUCCCUGCAGCUCCAUCUGCGGCCUGACGGGGAGAACUUCGACUACACGCUCUGGACCUCGGAGAAGACCUCUGAUAGCUGGCUUAUCGCCAGUGUCGACCUGCGCAACAUGACCAAGCCGUACCAGCUGUUAAUGGAAGGGCGGCCUAGCAAAGGAGCAGGCAACAGUGUCGCCAUCUUUGAAAUCCACAUAGUACCUGGAUACUGCAUAGAGUGUGACUUUGAGGAGCACCAUUUGUGUGGCUACAAUAACCAGUGGAAUCCCAACGUGAACUGGUACGUGGGAGGGAGCCUUGCUCGGGACCCCCAGUCGGACCUGCCAGAUGACCACACCAUGAACAAUGAAAGGGGACACUACAUGUACGUGGACUCGGUUUAUGCCAAAAAGUUCCAGGAAGUGGCCAAGUUGCUGUCGCCGAUGACCACCACUCCCAUGUCGGGUUGCUUGUCCUUCUACUACAAGAGGAACCAGGCUCAGGGCAACUACUUCUCCCUUCUCACCAAGGACGAGCUGGGCCACUACGAGGAACUGUGGAGGCCCGACGCCUAUGCCACCCCCAACUGGAAGCUGGAGCAGGUCGACAUUAAGGCUCCGCAUCCCUUAGAGGUGGUGUUUGAGGUAGCUUUCAACAGUCCACGCGGAGGGUAUGUUGCCAUCGAUGACAUUUCCUUCUCUCCCGAGUUCUGCCACUUAGAAACAGAGCCUAACUUUGAUCCUUCCGUCGCCGACUGUGACUUUGAGGAGGGCUUCUGUGAGUACCACCAGGAACGUAUUGGAGGUUCGGUGUGGAACAGGGUCUCAGUGAAGCCCAACGUCUACAGGGUCGGAGAUCACACCACUGGAACUGGUUCCUUCCUCCUGGCCAAUACACGCUUCACCUCUCGGCCGGGCUAUGUGGGUCGUCUUCACGGGCCUGUCCUGCCUGGGAACUUUAAGUAUUGCCUCAGGUUCCACUAUGCCUUACAUGGCUUUAUGAAAAUCGACAAUGCUCUGGCUCUCUAUAUCUACGACGACAACAACGUGGCCCAGGAGAAGAUCUGGACUGUGUCGGCGACCUCCAGGGAUGUCUGGACUGAGGUGGACAUCACCUUCCAGAAGCCCAUGCCCACCAAGAUGGUGUUUGUUACCAUCUGUCGGAACUUCUGGGACUGUGGCUUGGUGUCUCUCGAUGACAUCACGGUGACAAUUGGAGACUGUCGUGUCACAGCUGGGCCUUUGCGGCCACCCCCAGGCCAAUGCAACUUUGAGCAGGGCGACUGCGGGUACACCCAGGAGAAGAGGCAGCACAGGGGGGGCUGGCUGCGUAUCAGGGGCCAGACACCCACUUCCUAUACCGGGCCCAAGGGGGACCACACCUUAGGGGUAGGGCACUACAUGUACAUUGAGGCCUCCCACAUGUUGCCGGGACAUUCCGCCAGGCUGCUGACCACUGAGCUGAGGGGUACCAACAGCCCCCAGUGUCUGCUGUUCUCCUAUCACAUGUACGGCUCUGGUACCGGCGUGCUCAGUGUGUUUCUGCGGCGCCACGACAACCGUCACCGUGACAUCCGCCACCGCGACUCCCUGCUCUGGAGACGACAGGGAGAGCAGAGCAUCUCCUGGAUGCGGGCCAUGAUCGACUACGAGUGCUACACCAAACACCAGAUUAUCUUUGAAGCUGUCCGUGGCUCUUCAAUACGGAGUGACAUCGCCAUUGAUGACAUCGUGUUUAAAAGGGGACCAUGCAAAGCAGAUCCUGGUGACAGUAUUCCAUACUCUGGAUUCUCAGAAAACUUCAAUGAGAUCGAGUACUGAGCUUGAUGCACUGGAGGAUUGAUGCGUGUUGAUGUGCUUGUGUGUGGUGACUGGAUUUGUGGCACAGACAGGAAGGACAAGUCAGCUUAAGCCACUUUUACAUAGAGUAGAGCAAUGCCAAUAUGAACAAUCUAGUCCUGCAUGACUAGGCAGAAAGGUAUAUUCCCUCCCCAGCAAGUACUUGUGGUAUAGAAAGUAAUAAUAGCUGAAAGUCAGAUAGUAGGAUAUUCACAAGGAGGGUCAAACUGCUGGUUUAGUGUGAUGUUAUACAAGCAAAUAGUUAUGUGCUGGUCUUGAUCCCGAUCAUGGCAGUUCGUAGAGCAUUGCUUCAAAGUGACUAAAACAUUGUUUUGAUGUUUUCUAUCCAAAUUCCCAAUAACUUACCAAAAUGGAAAAAGCAACAAUGAACAAUGGUAUUUAUUUACAUAUCUUUGUCUGAUGAGAGAUGCAUCUCAGAAACAGAAGUGGGGAUGGUGUCUGUGUAGGUGUUUAUUCACAGAAGAGUGUAAAUUUCACACUGUUUUUACACAAAUGCGACGACAUGUUUUAUUUUAAAAAAUAUGAUCACUGAAGCAUUUUUUGUUACUGAGCUCCAGUUAUGGAGUCUGGUGUUGUCAAGAGACCUAUAUGUAUUCCAUUUUUCUAGGUGAAAUGCAAUUGGAAAAUGUAAUUUUGUUCGCAUUCAGCUUUCUUUCCAAGACUCCCAACCGACAACAGGUGAAUCCCUGGACUACUAUUGAUGAUUGAAAUAUCCAUUUAUGAUUCUAUCAAUUCGUUUUUAAUAAAAUUGUUUAAACAAUGAUUGUCA